GCGGCGUAGCGGAAACACCCACCUACAUGUUAAAUGGCAUCAUCCAGCCCGAUAUUCGCCAGAACUGGGAGCUGGCCAACUGGACGACCUUCAUUGAACCGCUCCUGGCCACCCAGUUGUUUGAUGCCAUUGAUAAUUUGGUGGACAGCCCACAUAAUCUGGUAU